AUGGCAUCAAAGGCUGGAGGCAUCGAUGAUGGGCAGCCUGAGGAAGCAUCCAAACCUAGUACUCUUGCCACCAAGCGCAAUGCCUUCGCCGAACUCAUGUCUCCCAAACACAAGCACCCAAAGCCACAUGAAUCCAAGCACAUAGGUAAGCUCAGCAACCCAAACGAUCCACGGAAUGGCCUUCUCGCGUACAUCUUGGAGCCGACCAAGUUCUCCUCCGAUAUUGUCAUUCUAUACAAUGACAAGACAGUGUUGGUUCGCGACGCAUUCCCCAAGGCUACAGUCCACCUACUUCUUCUGCCACGAGACCCAGUGAAACGAGAGCUCAAUCCCCGUGAUGCUUUGGACGACCAGGAGUUUCUGGACAUGGUGCGGACGGAGGCCACUACAGCUGUCAAACUGGCAGCAUCUGAGUUGUCGAGGCUGAUCGGUCCUUACUCAGAAUCGUGCAAAGCUCGUAAUGCUGCAAUGGAAAGCGAGAACCCUCCAGACGAACUGCCACCUGGACGAGACUUCUCCAAGGAAUUCAAAGUAGGAAUCCAUGCGCAUCCAUCGAUGAAUCACCUUCAUAUCCACAUCAUCAGCCGGGACAUGCACUCGGCUCGACUGAAGCACCGGAAGCAUUACAACAGCUUCAACACAGACUUCUUCAUCCCGCUCGAGGAUUUUCCGCUCGCCAGAGAUGAUGUCAGACGCCAAACAAGUUAUCAGAACGCGAACUUGACGAAAGAGUACAAGUGUUGGCGUUGCGGAAAGAUGUUUGGGAAUAAAUUUACACAGCUCAAAGCCCACCUUGAGGAAGAAUUCAAUGCCUGGAGGAAGGAAUAA